GAAGCUCAAUUGAAUCCGCAACCAUGGGUUCCGACGCAAUCACUGAGCCGCGGCAAGCGACCCGCGAGGAGAUGCGCGAUGCCAAACUCCCUCUGGCCUACCGAGACAGCUGCGCCCACCUUCUGAUUCCCCUCAACAAGUGCCGUCGGGAUACCUGGUAUGCCCCUUGGAAGUGCUCCGAUGAGCGACACAGCUACGAGAAGUGCCAAUACGUCGAGUUCAAGAAGCGAGUCGCCAAGAUGGACGAGUUGAGGGAGUCGAAGGGUGGUGCACGAAGCAACUAGAGAAAGACAAAGAGACCGAAUUCAAAUCCCGGGUACAGACAGGGCCGGGCCGGAAUUGUACAUUUACAAACAAGCCGAUGCGUUUGACAAGAGAACCGGAAUAGAAAGAGGCCAUUCCACACAAAUGAAACGAUUCAAGACGAGAAAGAACAAAAAA